AUGGAGAGCCAGAACCUUGAGACUCAGACGGUGCUGCUUCAGUCCCGUUACCCUGAGGAUUUCCCCCAGACCCUGGGGACCUUGAGCUUCUGCUUUAACAACCAUGUGGAGUGGAGGAGAGAGGACAUAAAGCCUUUGUCUGCCCACAGAGGGGACAAUGAAAGGCCCCACAGUAAAAGCGGAACUGCAAAGGACUACGUGUUCAGUGUCAGUGGAGUCCUGGAUGAUUGCUUAUGUGAUGUUGAUAGUAUUGACAACUUCAACACCUUCAAAAUCUUCCCCAAGAUUAAAAAGCUGCAAGAACGAGACUAUUUCCGUUAUUACAAGGUUAACCUGAAGCGCCCAUGUCCCUUCUGGGCAGAAGAUGGCCAUUGUUCAAUAAAAGACUGUCACGUAGAGCCUUGUCCAGAGAGUAAAAUUCCGGUUGGAAUUAAAGCUGGGGGCGCUAACAAGUACUUGAAAGUGGCCAACAACACCAAAGAACUAGAAGACUGUGAGCAAGCUAGCAAACUGGGAGCAGUUAACAGCACAUUAAGUAAUCAAAGCAAAGAAGCUUUCAUUGACUGGGCAAGAUACGAUGAUUCACAGGAUCACUUUUGUGAACUUGACGAUGAGAGAUCUCCAGCUGCCCAGUAUGUAGACCUGCUGCUGAACCCGGAGCGUUACACUGGCUACAAGGGGCCCUCGGCGUGGCGAGUGUGGAACAGCAUCUACGAGGAAAACUGCUUCAAGCCUCGAUCUGUUUAUCGUCCUUUAAAUCCCCUGGCACCCGGCCGAGGAAAAGAUGAUGGAGAGUCGUUCUACACGUGGCUAGAAGGCUUGUGUCUGGAGAAAAGAGUCUUCUAUAAACUGAUAUCAGGACUUCAUGCUAGCAUCAAUUUACAUCUGUGCGCAAAUUAUCUUCUGGAAGAAACCUGGGGGAAACCUAGCUGGGGACCUAAUAUGAAAGAAUUUAAACACCGCUUCGACCCCGUGGAAACCAAGGGAGAAGGUCCAAGAAGGCUAAAGAAUCUGUACUUUUUAUAUUUAAUUGAGCUUCGAGCUUUAACAAAGGUGGCCCCCUACUUUGAGCGCUCAGUUGUCGACCUCUACACGGGAAAUGUGGAAGACGAUGCGGACACAAAAGCCCUUCUGCUGAGCAUCUUCCAAGACACCAAGUCCUUCCCCAUGCACUUUGAUGAGAGGUCCAUGUUCGCAGGUGACAAAAAGGGAGCCAAGUCGUUAAAGGAGGAAUUCCGGUUACAUUUCAAGAAUAUCUCCCGUAUAAUGGACUGUGUUGGAUGUGACAAAUGCAGAUUAUGGGGCAAAUUACAGACUCAGGGUUUAGGAACUGCCCUGAAGAUACUGUUCUCUGAAAAAGAGAUCCAAAAGCUGCCAGAGAACAGCCCGUCUAAAGGUUUCCAACUCACUCGACAGGAAAUAGUUGCUCUUUUAAAUGCUUUUGGGAGACAGACGGCCUCCUUAGACCACAGAUGAUUUUGGAAAUAAUUUGAAUUUGCCUACAGAGGUGCAUGCAGUACCACCUAACUACAGAAUACAGACGAGAAGGCAAAGGACCACAGAAAAAAAUAAGAGCAAACAGUACUGUGCUGCCCUGGGAAAAGGGCAGCAAAGUCAAAUCAAGGAGGAAUGCUUUUUAAAAAAUAGAGAACCGAGUGAUACAGAGAUUCUUGUGUUUUCUUUUUUUUUUUCUCUUUUUUUAAUUGGGGGGAGUGUUUGUAUGCUAAGCACGCACUCUACCACUGAGCUAUUCCCUCGCUGCUCUUGAUGUUUUCUUAACAUGCAUUUUUAAGUUAGAAAGAGGCAGUUAGAUUAAAAAUAAGUUAAUCCCCCAUCUUAAUAGCAAAGAUUUCAUCUGUCGCUCCUCUGUAUUUAAAGAUGACCAUGUUGUUUGAGCUUUCAAACACAGGACAGACAUAGAAUGUCCAUCGGUAAUUGGUGUUUGAUGAAAAAUUCAGUCCACCCACUCAUGAGGCCUGUAAUAAGCUAAAACAGGAGAAAUUGAACUAAAUUUA